GCGAGAAGGGAAGUGCUCUUAACUAAGCUUGAGGGACCUAGCGGAAGUCCCGGUUCACGCGCCGCUAGGAGAGCAUUCUGAGGGCCGGAAGGAGGCGGAACUCCGGCCGCCGAGCGGAGCGCCCGCAGGCUGGCUUAGAGGGAGAGCGCGUGGCUGUUUAAGGAGGCGAGUUGCUGCCGUGCGUGGCUGGUGCGCGAAGGACUUAGGUGACCGAAACCGGACGCUGGUGUAUAACCGUGGACCGCGAGUUAUGGUGGGGAGAUCCCGGAGGCGUGGAGCGGCCAAGUGGGCAGCUGUGCGAGCCAAGGCAGGUCGCGGCCUAGCGGACGAAAAUGAAGAUGAUUUCGAAUUACCGCCCUCACCAGGUGACUCCAGCUACUACCAAGAUAAGGUAGAUGAUUUCCAUGAGGCCAGAUCCCGGGCCGCCUUGGCUAAGGGCUGGAACGAAGUAGAAAGUGGGGAGGAGGUGGAUGGCGAUGAGGAAGAGGAGGUGCUAGCCCUAGAUACUGCCGGUGAGGACGAAGACGGAGAGAGUGCGGGCGAUGAGGUGGAGGAGGAGGAGGACGGUGGGAGCUCCGUGCAGGGGGAAGCUGAGGCCGCCUUGGAUCUCAGCUUGUCAUGGGGUCAGAAGAAAAAACUUUACUAUGACACGGACUAUGGUUCCAAGUCCCGAGGUCGGCAGAACCAACAAGAAGUGGAGGAGGAGGAAAAAGAGGAGGAGGAGGAGGCACAGCUUAUUCAGCGGCGCCUAGCCCAAGCCCUGCAAGAGGACGAUUUUGGGGUCACCUGGGUGGAAGCCUUUGCAAAACCAGUGCCUCAGGUAGGUGAGGCAGAGACACGGGUAGUGAAGGAUUUGGCAAAAGUUUCAGUGAAAGAGAAGCUGAAAAUGCUGCGAAAGGAAUCACCAGAGCUCUUGGAGCUGAUAGAAGACCUGAAAGUUAAGUUGACAGAGGUGAAAGAUGAGCUGGAGCCAUUGCUACAGUUGGUGGAGCAAGGGAUCAUUCCACCUGGAAAAGGAAGCCAAUACCUGAGGAACAAGUACAACCUCUAUUUGAACUACUGCUCCAACAUCAGUUUUUAUUUGAUACUGAAAGCUAAGAGAGUCCCUGCUCAUGGACAUCCUGUCAUCGAAAGGCUUGUUACCUAUCGAAAUUUGAUCAACAAGCUGUCACUUGUGGAUCAGAAGCUGUCCUCUGAGAUUCGCCAUCUACUUAAACUUAAGGAUGAUGCUGGAAAGAAAGGACUGAAGCUAACAGUGAAAUCCACCAAGGCCAAGCCAAAAUCUGUUGGAGAGACUGCUGCUUCAGCUGUUACAGAUCUGUCUGAUGAUGAUUUUGAUGAAGAAGCUGCACUGAAAUAUUAUAAAGAAAUGGAAGCCAGGCAAAAGUUGAAGAGAAAGAAAGAAGAAAAUAGUACUGAAGAACAGGCUUUUGAAUAUCGAAGUGCAAAGCGAGCCAUUACCAAGCAGAUUGCUAAAAAUAGAGGACUAACACCUAGGAGAAAGAAGAUUGAUCGUAAUCCCAGAGUGAAACACAGGGAAAAGUUCAGAAGAGCCAAAAUUCGGAGAAGAGGCCAGGUUCGGGAAGUUCGUAGAGAAGAGCAACGUUACAGUGGUGAACUAUCUGGUAUUCGUGCAGGAGUUAAAAAGAGCAUUAAGCUUAAAUGAAGUUUUUGCUUAGCUGAAGUUUUUUGGCAAUAAUACAGAUCAAUAAAUUUUUAUUUUUAACUGGUGAA